AUGCAUGCUACAUUCGGACAGUUCCUCGUUGCCGGCGUGAUCGCCGCCUCGGCGGUGUCGUCCUUCUCCCUCUCACCCGCCGGGACUGAGGUGGCACGGCUUGUGGCCCCCGUCGUCGCCUUGGCCGCCCCCGCCUACGGCCUCCCUUCGAUGAUCCAAGACCGUGCUCCGCACCACCAAGGAAAGGGCAAGAAGAAGAACGGCCGCGCCGUGGCUGAGGAAGACGACGACGAGGAUGACGACGUCGUCGAGCUUGAGUCCCGUGAGCCCCACCACCAGGGCAAGGGGAAGAAGAAGAACGGCCGUGACCUCGAGGAACUUGAGACUCGCGAGCCGCACCACCAGGGCAAGGGAAAGAAGAAGAAUGGCCGUGACCUGGAGGAGCUUGAGGUGCUGGAGACGCGCGAGCCUCACCACCAGGGCAAGGGAAAGAAAAAGAAUGGCCGUGAUCUCGAGGAGCUGGAGGCCCGUGAGCCCCAUCACCAGGGCAAGGGCAAGAAGAAGAAUGGUCGUGACCUCGAGGAGCUUGAGACACGCGAGCCUCACCACCAGGGCAAGGGCAAGAAGAAGAAUGGCCGCGACCUGGAGGAGCUUGGGACUCGCGAGCCUCACCACCAAGGCAAGGGGAAGAAGAAGAAUGGCCGUGACCUGGAGGAGCUCGAGGCCCGAGAGCCUCAUCAUCAGGGCAAGGGCAAGAAGAAGGGCAACUGA